CGGCUGCCCCGCUGAAGCCUGACCUUCCCAGCAGCGCAAACGAGGCGAACGCAGAGUUCCAGCGCGCGGAGCAAGCGAGAGGGAAACUUUCGCUUUUGUUCGAAUUCCCUUUUCCGGGCGUGGGAGGCGGCAUCCCGCUGGCCACCAGAGCACGGUCUUCGGGGUGGAAGUUGUCCGCCGCGGCCGAGCUCGGAGAAAGAGGAUCCCACCUGCCGGGUGUGUGUGUGAACUUACUCCCCACUUUUCUUCGUCCAGUUAUUCGGCGGCCCGCGGAUUUUGCGCUCCUUUGGACCAGACGCUCGCAAGCCGAGCAGGCGACACUCCAAGCGGGGUUUGGAAGUAGCCCGGAGACUCGAGAGCAGCAUAAGAAACUCCUGGAGGAACAGGAGGAGCAUGGAUGUUUUGGGAAACAUAGAGGCCACACCGUUUCCCCUUCCAAAGCACAUAUUGGAAGUGUGGGUCAUUGUCCUGAUCAUCCUGGUCACCAUCGUGGUCAUGACAUCCCUGCUCUUGUGCCCAGCGACAGCAGUGAUCAUUUACAGAGUCCGGACACACCCGAUACAUAAUGGGGCCGUGUGAAACCUGCUUCCAUGUCACUAUGUUUGGCUUUGCUUUUGAGAAACACGGGAUAAAAAAGUAUUACAGGGAAACUGUCAGUUUAUCAGGCUUUCUCUGACACCAGGCCAAGCUCUGAGGAGACAAUGGAGGCAAGCCAACAAGAAUAUGACAGCAGCACAGAGACCAUGAUCAUGUGACGAGGACGUCACAUGUCACUAGAAGUACCCCAGAAGCCUGGUUGCACAAUACAAACUGUGUCCCUAAUGCUCCACAUCCAGGACUUUAUCCCCAGUUAUGGAAUCAAGUUGGCUGGUUCAGGAUUCCAGAUGGUUCCUGUUUUGGAUUUUUGGUGUGUCCUUCUAUUUGAAAAAUGGUUCUUCAUGUUUACUGGGCAAGCUGUUCCAAAGGACUAAGCAAUUGGCAAAAACAGAUGUCAGAACGGAAUAAUGAAAUGUAACCCCAAAAAACCCUUCCAUGUAGAUUCCAGAUGUGAAACACAACCUGUUUUAUCUACCCCCUUCAAACUGAGACAUAGUUUCCACGUGGGGGGAAGCUUUGAUUGCUCCCAGCUGGCAUGUUGGUCAUUCUCACUUCCCUCCAAGAUCCCUCUAAUCCAAACAGCAGCAGCCGAAAAGGGAUUGGGGGGGGGGAAGAGAAAUGAGGUGUAGGUAGAUAUGUGAAGUAAUCGUAUUUGCGGUAUACAGUUACAAAAUGAUAUACUCAUCAUUAAACAUCUAUUUUUAAGGAACCUGAUAAAAUCUUAAUACAAAAA